UGCUCCAGCGAAACGCUGGGGAGAUGGUGAGCUCGGGGUGCAGUACCUCUGUGAUUUGGGGAUACCAGGGGUCCGGCUCGGAGUUUCCUUUGGAGUUGGGGGUUGGGCUUUCCGAAUCCGGAUUGCUUACCCGACCACUUUGCGGACAGGCCACCGGGACAGACCAAGUGGUGGGAUUUGGCCUCGUCGCUGUUAGCCUGAUCAUCUUCACCUACUACACCACUUGGGUGAUUCUUUUGCCCUUCAUUGACAGCCAGCAUGUCAUCCACAAAUACUUCCUGCCUCGUGCCUACGCUGUCCUCAUCCCGCUGGCCACGGGCCUCCUGCUGCUCCUAUUUGUGGGAUUGUUUAUCACCUAUGUGAUGCUGAAGAGCCGAAGACUGACCAAGAAGGCUCAGUGAGGGUCCAGCAGGGAUGAGGAUACCAGCCUUCUCCAUAUCUCCUCCAGGGAAGGGACCAAGUGUCACAUCCUGAUACAGUCAGCCUGACUGCUGCAGUCCUCUUUAGGAGGUGGGGCUGCUUACAGCUCAACUCUGACAAACUGGAGCCCUCUCCUCUCUUAUUCAUCCUUCUGGAAGCCAAGAGGAACGUGGGUUGGGAAACCUCUCCCUCAUGGCUUCGGGCUCAGGGCCUGAACAUUGCUGGUCCUGUCCACCUCACAGUCAAAGCUCUCUGCCACUCCCACAAGGUUCUGCUCUCUUGCCUGUUUUUCCUCCUGUCAUGUGCUGAUAGAUGCUGCAGGCUCCCCGUUUGUGUGCAGCCUCCCCUCGCCGUACAACCUAUCUCUUCACAUGGCAGCUCUUUUGAGUCUGACACUGUCCAGACUCCAUGAGGACUUCUGCACCCAGAAAGCCCUAGUCCCAGCUGGCCUGUGUUUGGGAAAACUUACAAAUAAAUGUUGAUCAUGUUGGUGUUA